CAGAGUUAUAUCACUCAAUGUGGAAAUCAGAAGGAAAUGAAAGACGAAAAUGGUGAUAGAUUUACAUGUGAAAAACUUGAGAUGCUAAUGGGAAGAUGGGGUCUAAUACCUCGAAUUCUUAAGAAGUGGAAAGAUGAAUUAUAUGGUGAAACGGAGUUUGAUAAACUGAUUAAUGAAGUUGAACUUGUGAAAUGUUUGAGGUCUGUCAAUGAGGAGGGAAUGUCAAAAGACUCUGCCAGUGGCAGACUUAUUCAUAUUAUUGUGGAACCAGAUUUUAGAAAAUAUAAAUUUAAUGUGGUAAACAUUAGAUCAAAUAAAAAAAAAUUAAUAUAG